GUGACAUCAUUUGUAAAUCUUUCAACUUUUAUUCGCGCCAAAAUGCAGAAAUCAACUCAAAAGAAUAUCCUAUCUUACUUCUCUAAGACACCAGUUACAAAAGCAGAAUCUUCUGCUCCUACAACAGAAACGACAGUCGAAUCGAAAAGUUCAGAGUCGCCAGAAAUUAAAAAUGUUUCUAAAAAGAAGAGAAGAAUUUCAUCAUCAAGUGAAGAAGAUAGUUUGGCGAAAUCUAAUGAAAAGCAAUCAUCAGUAAAAGACAAUGAGAAAGGAACACAACAAACGAAGCAACCUGAACGAAAAUCUUUAAAGUUCUCACCAAAAUCCCCUAAAACUCCACCAAAAACUGAAAAAAUUGUAAAGACACCACCGUCACCUAAGAAAGAAUCUCCAGAAAAUAAGCCUUCAAAUGGACAGUCAAAUGAAGGAAAAACUUUGAAAGUUCAAAGUGCUGGAGCUGGUCAAGCUGGCGUUAAUUACAAUCCAAGAAAACUGAGAAUUGGCCUUGCUGAACUUUCCGUUCUUCAAGCUCUGGCUCAAGCAGUCACAUUGACACCACCUGUUGACAACAAAGAGCCUCCGUUUACUCUCAACGCUUAUGAAAAUAGAAGUGCAGCGACAGUUAAGGAUAAAGUCGAAGAGACUGCACUCGUCAUUAAGACAGUCUUUUCCGUUGCAUGGGAUUGUGACAGAAAACAAAUUCUUCCGUUUCAAAUUCUCUCAACAAGAAAAAGAAAAGAUGCGAAGGAAUCCGAAAUUAAGGUUCAAGUUUGCGUCUACAUGUUUGAUUUGUUGUAUCUGAACGGACAGAAUUUAGUUGAAUUGCCAUUUACCAAACGUCGCGAACUUCUUUACGAACAUUUUAAUGAAUUUGAAGGACAUUGGAAGUUUGCAACAAAACUUGACACGAAUGAUCUCGAUGAAUUACAAACGUUCCUUGAAGAUGCUGUGAAAGGAAAUUGCGAAGGUUUAAUGGUUAAAACAUUGAAGAAAGAAGCCACUUAUGAGAUUGCAAAACGAUCGAGGAAUUGGUUGAAAUUGAAGAAAGAUUACAUGAGUGGAGUGGGAGAUUCAUUGGAUUUGGUAGUUCUUGGUGGUUAUAGAGGUAGAGGAAAGAGAACCGGAACUUACGGUGGCUUCCUGCUUGGAUGUUACGAUCAGGAAAAUGAAGAAUAUCAAAGCAUUUGUAAAAUUGGAACGGGAUUCAGUGACGAUGAUCUUGCAACUCAUACAGCAUUUUUCAAAGAUCACGUUAUAAAGGAACCUCGUCCUUAUUAUCGUUACAACCAAGCACAUGCACCUGACGAAUGGUUUGAUGUCUGUCAAGUGUGGGAAGUGAAAUGUGCUGAUCUUUCUCUUAGUCCCGCUCAUCAAGCUGGCAUCGGACUUGUCGAUCCUGAAAAAGGAAUUUCACUUCGAUUUCCUCGCUUCAUUCGAAUUCGCGAUGAUAAAGCAGUUGAAGACGCAACAUCAGCUCAACAAGUGGCCGACAUGUAUCAGAAUCAAGAUCAAAUUAAAAAUCAACAAUCGGGAAGAAAAGUUGACGAGGAAGAUUUUUAUUAA